AUGGCGACCGGCCUUUUCGCCUCGCUACCGAAACCCAAAUACACUGGCGAGCACGAAGAGGUUCCUCUGCAUGCCCAGCCAAAGGGCCCUCGAAUCGUAGGGCCGGGAGUAAUCGAUGAAUCGCAGGUUGUUCUAAAGCGCUCUGGCCCUCCUCCUUACGGCCAACGAUCAGGAUGGCGACCUCGUUCGGCAGAGGAUUUCGGAGAUGGGGGUGCGUUCCCGGAAGUUGCAGUUGCACAAUACCCUCUUGAUAUGGGACGAAAGGGAACGUCAUCAACGUCGAAUGCUCUUGCAAUCCAAGUCGACGCGGAAGGCAAGGUCAAAUACGACGCACUCGCGAGACGUGGCCACAGUGAUAGCCGAAUCAUACACUCGAGUUUCAAGGAUUUGAUACCGCUUCGGCAACAGGCAGAUGCGGGCGACCUGAGUCUUGACAGGCCCAGCCAGGAAGAAGUCCUGGCAACAGCGGAGAAAACAAGGCUCGCUCUGGAGAAACUGGUGUCGGGGGCUGUGGCGGCUCAAAAACCGAAGAACGUCAAAGGCGUCAAUCGAGAAGAAGCUACGUAUGUUCGGUACACGCCUUCAAAUCAGAUGGGCGACAAUUCCAAAAAGCACGACUACGUUUUGAAAAUCGCCCGACGGCAAGAGGAUCCCAUGGCACCACCAAAGUUCAAACACAAGAAGAUCCCUCGAGGACCACCUAGUCCUCCCCCUCCAGUGAUGCACUCGCCGCCACGGAAAUUGACAGCAGAGGACCAGGAAGCCUGGAAAAUCCCUCCACCGAUCAGCAAUUGGAAGAAUCCCAAGGGCUACACCGUCCCGUUGGACAAGCGAUUGGCUGCUGAUGGACGAGGACUGCAGGAUGUCACUAUAAGUGAUAAACAUGCACAGUUUGCCGAAGCACUUAUGACGGCGGACCGGCAUGCCCGUGAAGAGGUCAAGCUCCGCGCACAGAUGCAGCAAAAGCUGGCGGAGAAAGAGAAACUGGCCAAAGAAGAACAUCUGCGGGAAAUGGCUCGAAAGGCCAGAGAAGAAAGACAGGCGGCGGCCGGUGGUGGCAGGCGAGAUUCGGAUUCGAGACGAAGAUCGCGGCCACGGUCGUACUCUGGUUCGUCGUAUGAUUCGAGGUCUGACAGCGAGGAGGAGGCGGCCAAGGAGCGAGAGCGUGCCCGACGAGAACGUAGACAGGAAAACGAACGACAACUACGGCAAAGCAGGAUGGGAACCGAGAAACGCAUCCAGAUGAUGGCCAGAGAACAAAAUCGUGACAUUUCCGAAAAGGUCGCGCUUGGGUUGGCGAAGCCUACACAAAACAAGGAGACCAUGUAUGAUUCUCGACUGUUCAACCAGACGUCCGGGUUCGAUUCUGGAUUCAACGAGGACCAAGCUUAUGACAAGCCCCUGUUUGCCGCUGCAGAUGCUAUAGACAGAAUCUAUCGACCGACGGUGAACCAGGACGAGGAUGAAGAAGGAGAUGCGGAUGCGGCCAUGGACAAGAUUCGAAAGUCCAGCCGAUUUGGCGAUCUUGGCAGGGCACCCAAGGAGGGAUUCAAAGGUGCCGAUACCGCUGAACGAGAGAGCGGUCCCGUCCAAUUCGAAAAGGACAAAGAUGAUACCUUUGGCAAUGACAGCUUCAUUGGGGCUGCUUCUGGAAAGCAAGCUGGUGAAGGCAAGAAGAGAUUUGGAUUGGAAGAAGCCGGUCCGAGUAGCAGAGACAGAAAGAGGGCGAGGGUUGACGAAGACGAUUAG